CUUAAGUGGAAGAUUUCUCCUUGCUUCAGCUUCUUGUUUGGCUACUUAAAGUAGACACCAUGACGAUGGCGCACGUUGGUGACAAGCCCAAGGGUGUGUACCGAUAUCCUCUAGAUGAUUGACUUUGUAAUACUGACAAAAUAGGGAUCCUGAAGAACUCCAGUAUCAACCCAACCCAACCCCCCACUACCACAACCACCGAAAUCACCAUCUCCCCCCCCGCCCCGCCCGCCGACAAACACUACCCCAAUCCCAACGACACCGACACCAAAGAAAUCACCCUUCAAAAUACCCUCCAAAACGCUGGCCGCCGCCGCUCCUCCUCAGCAACAACGCACCGCCUCCCUUCCUCCCGCCGCCCCUCCCUCGCCAACUUCCACGAUGACGAGAACAAUCAACGCCUCCGCUGGGACGAAGCAAACCUGUACCUAGCGGAGCAGGAAAAGACAGCGAAAAUGAAGAUCGACGAGCCGAAGACGCCGUUUGCGCCGCAGUAUAAUCCUGCUGAGGACGAGGAGGAGAUGCAGAUGGUGGAGGCGGAGGAGAGUCUUAUUGAUGCGCAGGAUGUGAGGGUUGAUGAGUUGGAGAGGGGGAAGAAGGUUGUGCAGAGGAGGCCUGUGGCUGAGGAGGAGAUUCCGGAGUUGGAGUUGGGGGAGGCGGAGGAAUCACAUCCUGCUGGUAACGAAGAGGAGAGGAUUGUGAGGGAGAGGGGGGGUAGUCAUGAUGGGGAGAAACAUGUUGUUGUUGGUGGAGAGGGGGCUGAAGGUGAGGGUGUGGGAGAUGAGUUGUUGUCGCCUGAGGAGGCGGAGCAGAAGCAUCGGAAGUUUGAGGAAAUGAGGAAGAGGCAUUACGAGAUGCGAAAUGUUAAGGAGAUUCUUGCACAUCCUGAGGAAUUGGAUGAGAUGGAUGAAGACGAGGAAGAGGACGAGCAGCCGAUUCCCCCGCCAGUUCCUAGGAUCCCGGAGAGGUUUCAUAAGUAAAGAUUUGUGUUGGUGUUUGGUUUUCCUUUUUUUUUUUUUUUUUUCCCUUU